AUGUUGGCCUCUCUUCUUCGCCCGAGAGCGCGUCGCGGGCAGAUCGACCAGUCGCAAUUUUCCUCCCCUUUUAAUGGGACAGAUAAUUCAGCAUGGUUCGGCGCACGACGCGCUCCGCGACAGACGCGCGGGGCAGACUCUAGCGACGAUGAUGAGCCAGAACUGGAAGAUAUCGAUGAGGAUAUGGAUGGACACUGGGAAAAUGAUGAUGGAGAGGAUGAUGGUCCUAUGGAGUCAACUCCUCUACUCCCGAUAUUUUCAUCUUCACAUUUAGAUGCGCUUCCUGUUUACGAUAUCACCCAUGCCAUUCGUACCCUUAUUGCCUCACGAUGCGAGACUACCCUGACUUGGGACCAGCUCCGUUCCCCCCAAGUGUCGCAGUUCCUUAUCAAGCCUAUCCAACAACAGAUCAUGUCCGAACAUUUUUCGCGCGCCACUCUCUAUGCGCUUAUGGCCAACUGCUUGCAGUUCGAGAAGGAAAUUCAGGUCAAUCCGGGAAAUAGCGGAGCAAGUCAAACCCGCGCGAUGGUUAGCGAGCUACUUGCGAUCAAGUUAUUGCGGGAAUACACUACUCGCGAAUUGAUUGAUGCGCUAUCGUAUGACUAUUAUCCACUUCAAGGCCAGGAUGCUCCCGCAUGGACAAACGGGCCCCGAGGAAAAGUGACGGGUACUACUCGGAUCUCUUGUCUGGAAGUGGCCAUUCGCGCGCAGGCGAAACGCUUUCUCGCACACCCUGUAGUGGUGCAGCAGUUGGAAGCUAUCUGGGCAGGAACAAUUGUCUUUCACUCUGCUGCCGAUCAUCUGCAUCGACCCUUAAAUCGAAGGGAUCAAAAUUAUGGAACAACCACACAUCAAGACGGAAUCCCGAUCCCGACUGAAAAUACCCCUUUUAGGCGAUCAGUGACGCUGUACAACCCCCGGAAUGCAUCCUUGUUCAAACUGUCGCGCUUACGUGUGCCUCGUUAUCGUCAAUUCCUAUCUACCAUCUCUUUUGCGGUCUUGCUGGGAUUGUUCCUGGCAGUUCUCGAAUCGCGCAGUGGGCGAAUCACCUCUUUGGAGAUUGUAUUUUGGUUUUGGAGUGCGGGAUUCAUGCUCGACGAAAUUGUCGGUUUCAACGAGCAGGGCUUCAGCCUUUAUUUAAUGAGCUUCUGGAAUAUUUUUGACCUCGGAAUCUUGCUGCUUCUCUUUUGUUACUAUUGCUUGCGUGUCUAUGGCGCCUUCUUGACCUAUCCACGGAGCAACCAGAUGGCAGAUCAAGCAUACGAUAUUCUAGCGGCUAGCUCUGUUCUUCUCUUUCCACGUCUCUUCUCGAUUCUUGAUCAUUACCGAUACUUCUCCCAACUCUUGGUUGCGUUCCGAAUCAUGGCAGCGGAUCUGAUCGCUGUCUUUGUGCUUAUUGUGAUUGCAUGCAGUGGCUUUUUCGUCGCGUUCUUAUCAUUUGGAAACAAUAAUUCUCCCAAAAGCGUCGCGUAUGGUUUGUUCCAACUGGUGAUGGGCUUCACGCCGACUGCAUGGGCCAUGUGGGAUGAAUACAACUUCCUUGGCAGGGCUAUUCUCACAAUAUUUUUGUUCAUCUGUCACUUUGUGAUCGUCACUAUUCUGGUUUCCGUGCUGUCAAACAGCUUCAUGCGAAUUGUGAACAACGCGAAUUCUGAGCAUCAAUUCUUGUUUGCUGUCAACACAAUAUCUAUGGUCAAGUCAGAUGCACUGUUUAGCUAUGUGGCCCCGACAAACAUCAUCGCUUGGCUUGUCACGCCUUUUCGAUACCUCUUACCCUUCCGCCAGUACAUCAAGCUCAAUCGGACUAUCAUCAAGGUUACUCACUUGCCAAUACUGUUCACCAUCUGCCUCUAUGAAAAGACUAUUCUCAGUGCCCGCGUGAUGGAGCCAACGGACCUCGUUGACACAACAUCCCAGAAGCCAUUGGUCCAGACCCGACCUAGUCGCUUCCAGGCAUUUAGCACGAGGGCACAUCGCUUAAUGCGCGAGCCUUCCAUAGCUACCUACCAUAAGGAUCAGGCACUGGAAGAGGUAUUCCGACAGCAUACAGAUGACAACCGAGAUCGGGAAGGUCCGGACAGCAUGCGCAAACGCCAAACCAAUAACGUCAUCAAGGAUUGGAUGCAAGAGGUUGGUUCGGGUCCAGCUCAUACUCCAGACGAGCAAGACCCGGCCAUCGUGAAUCAGCUUGAGAUGCCAUUUAGACGACCUCGAUUCCCUGUGCGGAAGGAAAUGGCAAACCCUGAGCGCAACUUCACGGAAACCACCCGAUCUCUGGCAGCAUCCAAUCCCGAAGAUCGGGCCCCUCCAACGUUCUAUCCCCAGCGGAGAGAUUCAAACUCGCCCACGCGAACCCGCCAACUCUCCCAACACACUGACAUGGAAGGAGAUGAUGAGCUAGAGACUGAUGAUGGCCUUGAAGAGCAUUCAGAAAAGGGAUCAGCCAGUGAUGGCGCCAAUCCUAUUGGCAGUGCCGGGAAGAGUACACCCAGAUUCUACAGCUCCCGGCCAUCUACCGCUCGAGUUAUUUCUCGACGUGGAAGCCCCGUGCGCCGCCCCGGACAUAGGCGUAAUAUGUCAGGGGCUACCAUCUUGUACAAUCCUGUUGAGUCUCCCAAUGAAGAAACCGAGGGACACACGACACCCCCACGAACCCACGAGGAUUCCUCGGAUGACGAUCAUCUUCUUGGCAUAUCAUCUUCUGCGAAUGUUGGCACGGUGCGACGACACGCUUUCAACUCCAUCCCCUCCCGCAAUCCUUCACUCGGUUUCAACCACAUGUCAGUUCCUGAGAUCGAAGGACUUUACAUGACCGAUCGUCAGGCCUUGCGACGCCCCCAACGCUCCUUGAUGUUUGACCUCGGAUCCGACCUAGGUGAUAACAGGGCAGUGGCCGGUGGAUUAACGGGUGUAGUUCCAUCCAGCUUCAACACCCAAAUGGCAUUCGCUACUGGAGAUCUCCGCGGACACGGACGCAGCCAGAGCCAUGAAAUGCUCAGCAAAUUAGUACUUGCGCGCAUCAACAAUCUUGAAGGGGGACUCCGUGAGGUAAUGGAAGAGGUUAAAAAGGUUGGUCGCAACGAAUCUAGUGGCAGUCUCAUACCGGAAAAGAAGAAGCGAGAGCAGAAGGAUACGAAGAGGAGAAAAACACAAUCGGAUGGAAGUGGGCAGGGUCGGGGUCGGGAUAGGCAACGAUCUACCGAGGAUGAUGCCCGGAGAUCGGGCUAG